AGGAUGAAGAAAAGAAAGGCAUUUGUGAUCUGUGGAUAUAUAUAGACACAUAAAGAAGAAAAAGAUCAUUGAAAUAAUUCGUAUUUUUAACCACUUCUCUUCUAGGGAGUGUCAUACUGUCUCCAGACUGUUGUCAAUGAUCUGGUCGAAGAAACUUAACCCUUUAUCCACUGAUCAUACCGCGAAGAUCAGAUUUUUGAAUUAGGCUACACAACACUUUUGGGGGUUGUCUUUGACCUCGUAGAGUGCACAGACACAAUAACUUUAAUAGAAGACAGAGCGCUUUUACUAACUACUACAUUGCGUUCUGUCAGGCUAAUAAAACGAUUACGCUUGUCCUGUUGGCUUGCCAGCUGGAAUCGCGGAGGUUUCCCCUGCCGGGGCAGUGACCACGACGGUCCCCCACUGCACGGCCGCUGCCACAUUUUAAGUGUUGGUGGAAGUCUUUUUUUUCCCCGACCGAGAUGGAGGAAUGGAGACAAUGCGGACGGUGGCUGAUAGACUGCAAGGUCUUGCCCCCGAACCACCGGGUCGUGUGGCCGUCGGCUGCAGUGUUUGACCUGGCCCAGGCGCUCAGGGACGGAGUGCUCUUGUGCCAGAUGCUGCACAACCUUUCGCCGGGAUCCGUGGACUUAAAGGAAAUCAACUUCCGACCGCAGAUGUCACAGUUUCUUUGCCUGAAAAACAUCCGGACGUUCCUCAAAGUGUGCCACGACAAGUUCGGACUGCGGAACAGCGAGCUGUUUGAUCCCUUCGACCUCUUCGACGUCCGGGACUUCGGGAAGGUGAUCUCGGCCCUGUCCAGAAUCUCCCACCACAGCAUCGCACAGAUCAAAGGCAUCAGGCCCUUCCCGGCGGAGGACACCGCGCUGAAUGAGGAUGAUGUGUACCGCAGCUUGGAGGAGCUGGCAGACGAGCAUGACGUCGGGGAGGAUGAUAUCUACGACUGCGUGCCCUGCGAGGAUGAUGGAGACGACAUCUACGAGGACAUCAUCAAGGUGGAAGUUCGACAGCCCAUGAUCAGAUAUAUGCAGAAAAUGGGCAUGACGGAGGACGACAAACGCAACUGCUGCCUGCUGGAGAUUCACGAGACGGAGGCCAAGUACUACAAAACGCUGGAGGACAUCGAGAAGAGUUAUAUGAUUCCACUGAAGCAAGUCCUCAGUCCGCAAGACAUGGAGGCCAUUUUUGUUAAUCUUGAGGAUGUGAUCAAAGUCCACUUCUCCCUGCUGAGGGCCAUCGACAUGAGCAUGGUGUCUGGAGGCAGCGGUCUGGGCAAGAUCUUCCUGGAUUUCAAAGAGAGGCUACUGAUCUACGGUCAGUACUGCAGCCACAUGGAAAAUGCCCAGAAGACUCUGGACGAGCUCAUCGCUACGCGAGAGGAUGUCAGGUCGAAGGUGGAGGAAUGCACUAUGAAGGUUCAGGAAGGGAAAUUCAAACUCCAGGAUCUGCUGGUGGUUCCCAUGCAGAGGGUCCUGAAAUACCAUCUCCUGCUGAAGGAGCUGGUGAGCCACUCAGCCGACCGGCCGGAGAGACAGCAGCUGAAAGAGGCACUGGAGGCCAUGCAGGACUUGGCCAUGUAUAUAAAUGAGGUGAAAAGGGACAACGAAACCUUGAAGAAGAUCAGCGAGUUUCAGAGCUCAAUAGAAAACCUACAAGUGAAACUGGAGGAGUAUGGCAGACCAAAGAUAGAUGGGGAGCUGAAGGUCUCCUCCAUACUAAACCGAACCAAACAGGACAGGUACAUAUUCCUGUUCGAUAAGGUGGUGAUCGUCUGCAAGCGCAAAGGCUACAGCUAUGAGCUGAAAGAGAUUGUGGAGCUGCAGUCGUACAAAAUGUCCGACGACCCCAUGAACAACAGGGACAUGAAGAAGUCAAGUGGAAAAAUGUGGUCCUAUGGCUUCUACCUGAUCCACCUGCAGGGGAAACAGGGCUUCCAGUUUUUCUGUAAAACCGAGGAGACCAAGAGGAAGUGGAUGGAGCAGUUUGAGAUGGCGAUGUCCAACAUAAAGCCAGAGAGGGCCACUGCCAACCAGCACAACUUUCAGAUGCACACGUUUGAGAAGAACACCAACUGCAGGGCCUGCAAAAUGCUGCUGAGGGGGAUAUUCUACCAGGGGUACUACUGCGCGCGCUGCGGUACAGGGGCCCACAAGGAGUGCCUGGAGGUCAUCACCAUCUGCAGAAUCACUCCGCACGACUCGGAACCAGGACCAACCUCAUCAGGUCCAAAGAUGGUGGCGGUGCGUAAUUACCACGGGACACCGGCGCCCCCAGGGAAACCGCCGCUAUCCUUCCAGACCGGUGAUGUCAUCGAGCUGCUGAAAGGAGACCCCGACACCUCGUGGUGGGAGGGAAAGCUCAUCCAGACCUUGAAGACAGGCUACUUCCCCAGUUCCUGUGUGAAGCCCUGUCUAGAUCCCAAGCCGUUCCAGGCCAUUCCCAGCCGGCAGUCGUCCAGAGAAACAGAUUAUUACGUAUAUCCCUGGUUCGCCGGGAACAUGGAGCGGCAGCAGGCGGACAACCUGCUGAAGUCGCACAGCAGCGGAACGUACCUGAUCCGCGAGCGCACGGCGGAGGCCGAGAGGUUCGCCAUCAGCAUCAAGUUCAACGAUGAGGUGAAACACAUAAAGGUCAUCGAGAAAGACAACUGGAUCCACAUCACGGAGGCGAAGAAGUUUGAGAGCCUGCUGGAGCUGGUGGAAUACUACCAGGCCCACUCUCUCAAGGAGAGCUUCAAGCUGCUGGACACCACACUGCGGUACCCGUACAAAUCUCGAGAGCGCGCCGUCUCUCGCGCCAGCACCCGAUCUCCAGCAGCCUCCUGCGCUUCCUACAACUUCUCUUUCCUCAGUCCUCAGGGCCUCAACUUCUCCUCUCAGACCUCCGCCCCCUUCUGGUCAGUGUUUACGCCGAGGGUGGUCAGCACGGCGGUCGCCAGGUACAACUUUGCCGCCCGCGACAUGAGAGAGCUGUCCCUGAGGGAGGGCGACAUCGUCAAGAUCUACAGCAAGAUUGGGGGCGACCAAGGGUGGUGGAAGGGCGAGGCCAACGGAAGGAUUGGCUGGUUUCCCUCAACAUACGUUGAUGAGGAAGGAGUUCAAUGAUUGGGUGCAAGGGUCUGAUGUCAUCCGUUCACAUCCAAUCAGAAGACACUCCAUUCGCAGCCCUCUGAGAGGACUCCUGGGUUUCCAUGGAAACCGCCUGUGAAAUAUUUUGCUGGAACUUCUCCUCAGCUGAUUUUACAGUGAACAUUUGUACUGAUGUUUUCCUUGGUUGUGUAGAAAUCUGCUUCGUUUUUUUUAAUGUCCAUUCGAUCUCUGCAAAGAAAAACUGGACUCCAAACUGCCUGCUCCUCAAACAAAAAUGGGUGGUUUUAUAACUGAGAACAGUGAACUGCCAACACUUCAGAGAGAAAAAACAGGGCAUGAUAUCAUGAAAGAACGUACAUUGCUUUGUUGUAUAUUAAUACUCUCCUGGUCAGCUGCAGGUCUGUGGGAAGGGGGUAAUAUAAUGUAUGAAUAAUUUAUUUUGAAAAAAAAAAAGAAAUGGACCAAUAUUAAUGAAUAAUGUGGAAAGCAUAUGCUUUUCAACAAAAAGCAGCGAUGAGAGAAAGUGACAGGAUAGAGAACAGUGCGUUUCCUUGCUGAGAGAAUUUGCCUUAGUCGUCAUGGCGAUGCCUUUGCGGGCUUAUGGGGGAGGAGGGGGGAUAGGGUGGGCACAGAUAUCUUCAACUUGCACAAGAAGUUACUCCGUCCACGCACACGGUGCCUUGGAGGUGUGGCCAUCACACCCGGGAGGGGGGGGGGGUCACACCGCCAAACGAACAUGCACCCGGUAGCCCCUUUCGGAAGACAGAGGCACCCCUCAGAGAC